GAGGACAUCACGGUCGCCCGUACUCGUGCACGCUGUCGUCACCCGCAACAGAUUCCGUGGGUUUCGUGUCUACGAACGCCGUAAUCAUCGAAGAUUCGUGGCUGGCGUCUGUCGGUAGAGACGCCGGUGGACAAACCGACGUAUUUAUAUUCCCGAGCGGAUGGAACCGUGUACACCCGCACACGACAGUAACAUCGGGCACUCGUAGAGGCACACGCGGCGCGAGUCAGCGCGCAUCUCAUCGCAUCCGAUUCGCUGUCUCGCGAUACACGCCGCGAGUUAGUGUGUACAUCCCACAGGCGGCGUCAAGAAACCAGUGCCCCCCUUCUCCCGGUGCCCCUCUGGGUCCCGAGAUCUCGUCCGUGUUCGGUACCUGGCUGCCAGUCGAUUCUCGGUGGCCCGAACCGAGGCGCCGUGUGCCUCCUCCGCGAAAUACGAACGAUGCGAGUCUGAUCCGUGACAGAGCCGCAGGGAGCCGAAGGACAGUGUCAGGACACGUUCCGCGGUGGUGAGACGACGCGAGCACGCGAGACCGCCGCGGGUGCUUCACGGGAAUUUUCGCAGUGCGCGGUGGUGGGCUCGGUUUACGCGGACAGUGGGUGCAUUCCCGUGACGAGGAUCCGACGAAUACGGGGCUAGGACCAGCCCAGGUGCCGCGUGUACCGACGACGUUCGACGAUGCAUCCUGUACAGUGAUGGACAAACUCGCGUACGCAAACAACAGCUUCCAGCUACGCCUUGCCGGCAUACUCAUGGAUACGUGGAUACUCUUCUUGUUUGUCGCCAUUGCCGACGUGGCGGCCUCGGUGGAGGUUCACUUCGAGAACAAAGACGGUGGAUUCUUCCUGAAGCACACGCCGAGGCAAUUCUACCCUGCUCGAAGGGACGCGGUCCCGGCGAUAUCACCGUCGACGGGAACGUCGACGAGCGGGAGCAAUGGGGUUCCGUCGCCGCCGCCAGGCUCCAUCCUCUCGAUAGACAAAUUCACCGUCUUUCAGACGAGCGAGCCGGUCUCCGUUCGCGCGACGUACGGUCCAUUUAGUACGAAGCAGACCGUGCCGGCACGUUACAUAGUCCCAGAUCCUCUGGACGCCCUGCCGGGACCGGAAACUAGGCGAAAUCUGACGGCGGCAACGAUUCUCGACGCGCAGGAGCUCGGAGCGCGUCACCUGGACAUGUCCGCCCAUCUCGUUGGAAGCAGCGUGCCACGCGAUUCGCCGGUGCUAAGAGUGCUCUUUCACGCCGGAAGCGAGGCAGGAGGGAGACGUCAGUUGCUUCUGGCGAGGCAUCAGAGGGUCUGCGUGGUCCUACACGCGAGUCUGGCGGUCCCUUCCAGGAGUACUGCGAGCAGGAACAACGGCAGGAGCUACUCCUCUUCAUCUUCCUCCUCCGUGUACUCCUCCUCGUCCUCGCCAUCCGUCCUGACGGCGGCCUGCAGCCCCGACGGAGAGAACGGGGUUUGCCUCGCUCAGAUCACCAUACCAGCCGAUUGGUGGGCACCGUUACCUCCACCUGACGCUUCCGGCCGGGUCAAGGUCGCCAAGAGCUUACCAAGGCUCGUUCAGGUCGCUUAUUCUGUUCUCGAACCGCGAACCGAGGACUUGGGCGGCUCUGCUGACAACGGGGCUGGCUUCUGUAGGCCGAAAGUUCAAAUUCAGCCUGUCACGCCGCUCGGACAGGUGCCACUUGCUCCGAAUCGAGCCGAUUAUAAAGAGCUGAAGGCUGACGAUUCGCUGACGCUGUUGGUUCCACAUGGACCCCUGUAUCCGAGGUCCAAGCUGCACGUUCCAGUGUUCCUGCAUCCGUCCAACCCCUCCGAUUUAAGAAUGGACAGACCGCCUACGGUCAUCGCUGUCUACCUCAGGGCCAGAGUGAAGUCUGGCGUGAAAAUCUUGGAUGGCUCGUCCAGCGAUCCGGAUUGGAUCGUCGACAGCGAUAUCAACGCGAAGAACACUAUCGCGACGUUCACCGCGAGGAGGAAGGAGAACGUCCCACGAGUACCAAGCGCAUCGGCGGAGGAAAUUCUGACGAUGCUUUUGGAAGCCAGCGAGGAGGGGGUGGAGGGAAAUUGGGACGGUGGUCGGAUCGUAUGGAGCGUACGUUACGCUUACGAGGACGAGGAGGACAACGGCUCCCAGCUGAAUGGAAUGGAUCAGCUGCAGCAAAGAUUGCAGCAGAGGCAUGUGCAGCACCAUACCCAUCAUCACGCUGAGAGACGGAAGCUGCAGGCGCGUCUUGAGAUACAGAAAGACGAUAUCCAAGCUGUUCUGCCAAUUUCCAAGAACUGGGAGGUGAUGAACACCGCCGUGCUGACGGGCCGGCAAGUGUCCCAAGGGAUGAAGGUCUUCAUCGUGAGCCAGGGGGGAACCGUCGCCGACGUCACACUGCAAUCCUCCUGUCACUCCGAGGACGAGAGUGUGCUUAAGGUGUCAUCCUCCUGCAGCAGCGUGUACGUGGACGGGACGGAAAUCCGGGGCUCCAGCAACGCGUCGGUCCUCGUCAAGUACGGAACCUACACGGGGUUGGCCAAGUUCACGGUCUGGAUGCCCGAAUUCCCACUGGAGGUGACAGUAGGGGACACCCGAUUGAGCCAGAUCAAAGGCUGGAAAGUUCCGGAAGAGCACACUGCGGGAGCGAAGAGUAAACGUAGCCUGAACGCGACUAGUCCAAGAAUGAACGAGUCCGUGACGAAAACGAAGAAGAGGAGCGCGGCUGUACUGGAGGAUUCCGUGGAUGACAGUUCGAUAGACGUCGAGGACGCGGACGUGAUCCUCGAGGAAGACGAGCAGGAGGAGAGAUUCCGGGGCAACGAUCACGGAUGGGACGCCAUAAAUUCUAUCGAAAGGGGACCGUCCACCAACUGCAGGCUCCGGUUCCAACAGAGCCCGGUCGAGGUCCACGCGAGAUUCCUUGCUACCGAUCACGACUCGGGGAGGGUGUCCUAUUUCGUCAACCGUCGUACCUGGCUGCGUGUCACCGAUCUGGUGAUGGGUAUGCUCAGAGUUUCGGAUCCUAGAAUAGCCACUCUGUUGCAAGGGAGGAUAGUCCAAGGUCGCGGGGUAGGUAGGACGGAAGUGCAAGUGUUGUCGCCGAUUACUGGCAGGGUGAUCGGUGCCAAGGAGGUACGGGUUGGGAACGAUCGGGUGGCGGUCACCAGGCUCUCCGUCAGGGUCGUGUCUGGAUUGCAGCUCACCAUCAGUCCCGAUACAGCUAUAGAGAACGGAUACGUCGCGGAAACGUCGGUUACGAGAAGACUGACUGCUAAGUAUCAGGAAGGUCUUCUAGACAUAGACGUCGAAUUCUCGGAUGGAACGAGAACACCGCUGAGGGAGAUCGCUGUUACCGAUUACCACUUGCUUGUCGAGAGCUUGGACCCGGAGGUGGUGGCUUUUGCUCCGAUGGUCGCUUCCCAUCAUCCCCGAGUGAUCGCUGUUGGCGAAGGCCGUGGCGAUUUGUUAAAAGUCAAUCUUCAGCUGGCCGACGCCUGUCGUCUAGGUGCCAGGAGGUCCGGUAAAGGUUCUCAAAGGGCGACUGCAUCUGCCCUGGCCAGCGCCUCGGCCAACGUCGAAGUGGACUUUGCCUCCAGCGAGCUACCAAAUCGUCCUGAGUUCGUUCAGAACGACGGAGGCGGUACCGUCGGGUCGCAUCAUCACAGGGAAAGGAAAACCAGCAGGGGCGAAACGGCAAACGACAUGCGCGACAUUCUCAACGGACUACCGCUGAAAGACGAGAACGGGCACGAGCCUUUGGUGCAGGCACGGCAUCACCGCACGGCUAUAGCUAAUGGCAUGUCUUCAGGAGGAAUGGGCGGCGUCGGGAUACGGCAUCACGGUGGAGCGAACAUGAGUCCACUCGAGAUCGGGAUAUACGUCCUUCUGGCGGCCUUCUGUUUCGCCAUCGUCGUCUUUGUCGUCUCCUGCGUGGUCUAUACCAACAAGUUCAAACCCCAGCCAUCGGACUCGCCAAUGACGGGAGCUGCGCUACCGGUUCUCUCCGGAGCAGCGAGGGCCAGAGCGGCGGCCAACCAGCUGGCGUCGGGAAGGCGACCACCCAGAGAGUCUACAACGAACGCUCACGAUUGGGUCUGGCUCGGACGAGCUACCCUCGAGAGAGCCGCUUGCGGACCUCAACAGGUACGAGUGACCAGUAACCCUCUUGCCAACGAAACAGAGGGAGACUCGAGCGAUUUGGCGACUUGCUUCGACAAUCCGAAUCACAUCGAGCUCCCAUCUGCGGGACAACGGAACAACAGUUCAGGGCCCAUCGACACAACGACUUAUUGCAAGAGGGACAAGCUUCCAAGAAACAGUUUCGCUUCUAAAACUGGCGCGAAACCCUCAGCCGCGGUGACGGCGACCACAGUGACCACCCCAGCGUCUAUGGCAACAUCGAGCGUGACUACUACACGAAACGACAACGACGACAUUCCGCCACCCCUACCACCGCACGGGGUGCCCGUCGCGAACAUCGCGAUCGCGUCGAUGACGACAGCCGCCCCGUGCGGCGCGACCGGCAACAACAACGGCAACGAAGACUACAAGCCACCGGUACCGCCGCACAGGAACACUGGGGUGAUCGUACGGGUGCCGGACACCCCGAGGAAGCACCACCGGCACAGGGCGUCGAGCGGCAGCGCAGGCGGCAGCCACCACGGGAACAACCAGCGGCACAGCAAGCAGAUCCACCAUAUCAAGCCAUCGCACGGUAAAGCUAGAGUAGGUAGUCCGAAAGAGAACGCCGCGGAGGAGGAGGAGUUCGUGGAGCUAGUGACUCACGAUGACAACAGGCACUCGAAGGAUGCGAGAGCCAGAGAGGUGAAGAGGGCGACGAUCGUCGGUAAUCCGAUGUUCUCGUCGUUUUCGACCGCAGCAGUCGCCUCAUCGAUGAACGUGUCCAGCCCGACCGUGGCCUCAUCGUCCUCGUCGCCGCCUAACUCGUCGCCGUCCUCAUCCUCUGCCUCCUCUUCGUCCUCUUCCUCGUCCUCGUCAUCCUCCUCGUCGGCGUCCUCGUCCCAAGAACAGGAAGAAUCCGUGGCGUUGGACGAUUUGAAUCUAGGCAUGGACUACAACCAGAUCAUGCAGUACUUCGACAACUUGAAGGAGUCGAACGCCUAGGUGAAGGCGUUCGGUCUUCGAGAAGGCCGAGAGUAGUCAACGCCGAUACGAAACACCGGAGUCCUCGUCUCGACCGACGAAGGAACGGAACCCUGGGCCUCGUUCUCCGCUUCCUCUCUAAUCGCCAUAUUAGCAUGUUCGCAUCGAGAACACACGGGGGCCCGGGCUCGCCGGUUCGAACGACGCUCCGGACGUUUCGUAUUCUAGGUUAUAAUCUAGUCAGCUUCCUAGCAGCACAUCAAGAGUAUCGCGCAAACGCAUCGACACACACACACACACGCAUACACGGACACGUAACCGAGAAUCACGCACGCGUUCUCAUAUACAGGUAUAGUGGGUGGAAGAGAGACACGGUGGACUCGCGAAAGCAACGAGGCAGGUAGUAUAUACUCGAGUGCGAGGAUGUUGGAAGGCCAGGGUCGGAUUCGGUACGCAUUUGUACGCUAGUUCUUCGAGGGGGUGAAUGAAUGUAAAGUAAGGAGCGAGGCUUUUGCUCUUAAGUAAAGGGAAAGAGCUCUCUCUACCUUCAAAGUUAAGCCUUUCCCUUGUCUUUUUUCCACGAUCUGUAGUUUACAACGAUUCACUCGCGACAUUAAUAUUUCCUACGCUUUUGAAUAAUUUAUUUCAAGUAGUUUUUAGUGAAGGUAAUAUUGACAUUGUGUAUUAUAAUAAUACAUCGAUAUCUGUAUACGAAUGCAGUUUGUUUUAUUGCGUCGACAAGGGAAAGGAAUGAUCAUUUUACGGACAUGGUCGUUUACCAACAUUAACCGGUUAAUGGACGCCAUAGGCAUUCGAAAGAACGAGUUGCCUAUGACUGUUUUCGGAGGAUGCUGACCUUAUAGAGCUAUUGUAAUAUCGAAACAAUGAUAUAUAAUUUUAUUCGAAACAAAUUCCAAAACCUUCUAUAAGAAUGUCAUGCGUAACUGGGUUAAGGGAACAUUGUUUUGAUUCUUCGAUAAUAUGAACACAUAUCGCCCUACGUGUAUGGUAUCAUCGUGGACCAUCGAAUGAUCCUCCUUUCAAGUAUCAAGAUCCUCCUUUCAAGUGAAGAAAAUGUAGAAACGAAGAGGACAAUCGAACAAACAAGUGUACCUUUUGUUUAUUUAUUUGCGUUAACCAGUACCGGUUAGUAUGUUCGAUAGCCAAGAUAAGAAUUUCGAAUCCUAUGAUACCGCGUCUCGUGGAGUUCACCGUAUCGCUUCCACCAACUAUUUCAAAUCGUAUACACACACGUACAUACUCGCAGAGGCUUUAAAGAUGUGAUCGUCGGUAGCCGGUGGAGUUAGGUAGAUCGCGCGUUCGAUUCGACCAACUUUCUCCUCUUUUCUCCGACGAUCGAUCGACCGCCGAUCCUCGCUUCCGCCUCCGUGCACUAUCGAUCUCUCGCUCAAGCCCUCGUCGCGCGGCGAUCGAUCGAGCCUCUCAUUCCCGCGCCUCGCGACAGGGCAUUCACCAAAAAGUGGCCGAACGAAACCGACCCUCUUGUCUUGAAAUCGAUCUCAACUUCUUCGACAGCCAACUCGAAACGUUGGUUACCACUUUUUCUUUUUCUUUUUCCAACUUUAGUCACCUGUCAUCGGAUAUGGGCAAAAUAUUAUCCGAAAAAUAUACAACUACGAUCAACGUGUAACAUUUUCUUUGUAACUUUCGUACCCGGAAUUCUUACACUUUCUUCGGUUACGACCCUUUUUCAUAAGACAAAUAUAUCAACGAUCCCUUUUAUUCGUAACUUUUGAAAUUUUUAUCUAGAUAAGAAUUUUGCCCAAUCUCUGCCUCUCGAAGCUUUCAGGGUCUAUCUGUCUAUCGAUCAUUAUCGUCGUCGUGCCCGAAACGAGAAGAUAUAUCUUCAUUUUUGCACUAUAGCUGCUGUCUUCCUAGCGUAACUAACUGACACGAUUGAGAUCGAUAUCGCGACGAAGGGAAAAAUUGGUCGGCUGGCCAUUUUCUUUCCGAUCUGCGCCGGAGAAAACAUAUAAUAAUAUUUAUUCGAUCGACCGUACGUCGUAAUGUUUGUAAAUUUUGCUUUGUAAGACUGUGUACAUAUAUAUAUUAUAUAUAUAUAUAUACGCGACCUAGCGCAUGUUAAUUAUGGACUCGAGCGGAUUUAACGGUUAACAAAUUCGUACGGCAAGCCGUAGAGCACAAUCCAAACGCAUCAGUCGCUCGACGGAGCCAGAACGGAAUGGCGGACGUGGGCCACUAGCUCGUUUUCCCUGGAGUUCUCGGUUCGAUCGGUUUCAUCGAGUACGAAAAUAUCUGAUCAACAUAUCAGCAGUAAAUUGCUCGCGACGAAUAUAAUUGUACAUGUUUUACGUACAAUACUUUCCCAAACUGUCCAAGUAUUUUUCUUUCGUAUUUAUAAACUUUACUCGCCAUAUAAUGAAGCAAAAGAAGAAUGCAAGCAGAAGAGUAUCAUACUUUUUGAUGCAAGAUGAAAGGACGAUGUUCAGCAAACGACUCUGUUCCGCAUUAUUUUUAAGAGACAGAAAAUACGGAAUUCGCAAGAGAAGUGGAAAGGUGACAUAGAGCGAUAAAUUAAUGUCUGUCAAAACUAUAGUCAAUAGUUGUUUACCUGAUCAUUCGAUUGCCGAGAACUCCAGCUUCCAACUUUAGCGUUUCCCAACAUUUUGAUCUUCAUCGAACACGACAAACUGAAUCCUCGUUUUAUACGAUUUUUCCCGAACCGAUCCAAUUAAAUUGUUCGCCUGCUGACGAUCAAACGCGCCAUUUCUGCAGCGUCGCCGAUUGUAAGACGAAACACAAGAUGAAGUGCCGUCAAAUGGGGUUACUCGCAACGUUUCUCACCUUGAAAGCUGGCUAUUCAAAAUUUAUCAUACAUACAUCGACAAAUUAUAUAAGAAAGAAAAACUUGUACUUCACCGUUUUGGGCUAUUGAAUUUAGAGCUUUAACGAUACAACUUACUCGGGAUAGCAACUUUGCGGCGCAAUAAUUUUAAAUUCUGUCAUUUCAUUUGCAACAUCCUAACUUACGCUUCCCUAACUUCCUAACAAAAUUAUUUAAAUAUACAAUUCUAUUCUGUUUAUUAUUAAUACGGAGAUAUUCAGAUCGUAAUUUCAUUGAUACUAUCUUCCGUCUCACAAAGGUAAAAACUGUUGUUACUCGGAUCUCAUUGAAAAACGUUUGCCAAUUCUUGGUCCAAAGAACAAAACGACCACCGUUACUGUUUCCUGAAAGCAAUCCACAUAUCAACCUACCUGAAAAAAAAACGAAUAAGUAUAUUAUUUUGUCCAACUUUACUGUAUCUUUCAUUGAAAAACAUUUUGUUAAAAUUUUGCCAUUUAAUCUUCCGCCACGCUUUUAAGUAUGCCUUAUGGCACCGUACCCGAAUGAGUAAAAAAUUAUAGAGAGCAUCUGUUGCGAGUUACUGUAUUUUACGGUGUAUAAUUAACGGUGAGAAGGAAGGGAGUCACGUACUCGCAGAGAAUUGAACGAUUCGCUAACGGCGAAUCCGGAAACGCCUGAUCAUCGACGAGCUAGCCGCGGCGCGUGACGCUGCUCCGUGCAUCGCUUUUAAUUAGGAUUCAUCCCCCGUCGAUUGGAUUCCGCAAUUGUCCGCGGACGUGCCGCCCGUGGAGACGCGGCGCGUGCUUCUUUCGCGCGAACGCACCGUGCCGUCGUUAAUUCCAUCACGAAGCGCGUUUACGUUCGCGUACACCUGUAGACGCACCGAAAGAGACACGGAGAGAAUGUGUGUGCAUAUGUGUGAAUGAAUGAUUGAUAAUAAUUUGCAAAAUACACGCACACCACCUGGUAGCGUUCGUUCUUCCGCACCAGUUUCCUGUUGCGAAUCCAAUCGCGCGCCUCGCCGUUACGGUGCGCGUUUCACGUGACAACAACGCGCGUAGGUGGCAUUUUAUUGGCGUUACAGUUUUCGCUGUUGUCGCUCACUUUUGUGCCAUAGCAUUCGUCAUUGUAAACAUGAAGAAGUGUAUUAUAAACUCGUGUGUGUAAUUGUGGUUUGCGUUCUAGUGAAAAUUAGUUGCGUCAGAAUGGAAGGAUUAACGGAAACCGAAGAAAAAACUAAAUUUAUAUAAAACAGAUUCAAUGCAGAGAUGAUCCAAGAGCGUCUGAUAAGACGUUGAUAAGAGUGUUAGUUUCGGAAGGAUUCAAAAAGUUAUUUUAAGUAAUUAUCCUUCCAGAUUCUGAUUUUUUUAGGAGGCUUCAACGUAUUCAUUUUUGUUGCAAACUUGUAGUCGCCGCUGUCGAUCCUAAAUAUAGAUGGAACGGAUCACGGUAACAAAUGUCAUAAUACUCAUUGUCAUGGCGACAAAAGUCGCGGUUCAACGUCACGUGAACGCCGCAGCUUAACGAGCGAUAAGCCAGCAGGAGCGCAGGGGAUCCAUAGAUUCGCGGAUCCACCCUGUCUUACAUAGGCAUCUAAGAGCUACGUGUCUAAGUAUGUAUGUAUCUGUAAGUUGUGUGUUAGCACGUUAAGCGUGGGAUAUAGUGAUAUGUAAUGUCGACGAGCGCCGAGAACAAGGGAGUCCAGAGCGUCGGGGCGCGUCCUAACGGGCCACGCACGUUAACCCUUUGCGGUCUCAUCGUCGAGUCUUUCCUAUUUAUUCGAAUCCGUACACAAAUGUUUCCCGACUCGACGCUCUGCGUUUAUUUAAAUCGUCGUUAAACCUCUAUUGCACGGAUUUUAUUUCGCCCUUCUUGGCCAUUCGUGUAUGCGUGAAUCGAUUAGUAUCCAAGUUAAACGAUAAAUAGCUGAAUUUUUAGGGAUAUUAAAUGUUCUCAUAAGAAAAUAUCACGUGCGAAUCCUGUAAAAUUUCCUCGGUGAGCUUUACGCGGAUUAUUUUUCCCGAGGUCCCGAUAGGAUACAUUAUGCAAUAGAGGGUCAAGAAGAAUCGAUCGACCCGGGUAAAUGUAUUUUCGUUUUCCAAUCGAUCGAAAAGCCGGGUUCCCCUUUCUUACGCGGGUAUGCUCGAGGCUUCGACUAUCGAAUAUGUACAGGGUAUUCCAAGAUACGCGUAUACUCGUUUAAAAAAAAUGAUUCCUCUCGAAAGAAGAUCGCAAACUCUCGCGUAGAGCAGCGUCGCAUAUUUUUGAACACCCUGUGUCUGUACUUUUGUAAAUAUCGUCUACACGGAGGGAUCUCCAGUAAGUGAAGCUCGGUUCCGUUUUGUACAUUCGUUAGGUUUAUCGUCGGCCGCGCGCCGAGGCAACUGCAAAGGGUUAAAGGGUGCCGGAGACGGCGCAAGAUACCCCGCCCGUGAAUCUAGUCUUAUAGCGUAAACUAAUGGAUUAUUAUUAAAUACUAAACGAACACGAUCCCACGGUCACCUCCUUAGGCCGAUCACGUAUCCUUGAAAUCAUCCAGGCGGGGCCCCAGCGUAUCGACGUUGUUCAUCUGCCCCGUGGCCAUCCCUUUCCUCUUCUUCGGGGAGCACCGAGAGAGACUCCUCGUCAGAGAGAUGGUGGAACGUCAGACGAAUCAAUCAUAUCGAGCACGCGGGUGGAGACACGCGGUAAUUUAAUCGUAAUCGAUCCCAUGCAGGGCCGUGCCUAGGUACUUUUUUCGUUCGAAGCAACGAUGAAAUGCGAGCUCCCUUCGACCAUUCUCUUUACGGUAUUUAUCGUAUAUCUGUAUCUGGCAGACAUGUAAUUCUAUAUCACGGAGAUGAAAUUUGUGAUUAUAACUAAUCGAAGAUUAUAGUUUCAUAUGGUUCACCAAUUGUACUCGGAAUUAGUCCAAUAAUUUUCUUGGCGAUAUCGUUGCUAGAUUGUUAAGGUUACAUGCAAUUUAUUCGUUGUGAUCAAAUCAUAUUCUUCCGCGAAUGCGAAGAAUUGUAACACAUACCUUAAUCUAAUCUGGCGGUAAAUAGGGUGAAAGUGUAUUAUUCUGUUCCAGAGCGGAGCUCGGUACUAACGAUUUGGUGACUU